AUGGACAGCGACCCUUGGGAUCCUGAGUUUCUCGCCGCCAUUGAGGCUUCUCGUCGAGAGAUGCCCAGUCAGCCAGCGAAUGCUUCCUCGUCCCGCGUCGCUCAAAAUGAUUUUGUGGACUUGACCAAGGAGUCAGACGAUGAUUCAGAUAUUAUACAGGUAUUCCCCAAGUCCAAGUCUGUAGUCAGCUCGGAAACUGAGGACGGCAACGACGAUGAGCAGUUGCAACGUGCUCUGGCUAUGUCCAUGGAGUCUGGCGAAAAUGCUAGACCAGGGAAUCUGAUUUCUGCACCUGCAUCUCUUGAUGCACCUGUUUCAUGUGGUGUGCUUUCGAGUAUGAAUCGGAAGCAAAUGGAAGACGAGCGUAUUGCGCGAAACGCCAAGCGUAAGCUCGAGGACACCGCGGCGACACCAUCCGUCCAGCCCAGUCGCAAACUCCCCAGAACUGAGCCUGUUCUUAUUCGUCGACCUGUCCCUCCACUCGACAAAAGACCAUCUUUCCCCCAGGCAGAGCCUGUGCCGCCUUCCGAAGUUUGUCGCCAGGUUUCCUCGAACGCCUCGAGUGUCAGUAUCCGGCCGACAUCCCGCUCCGUCCCUCAGUGGCCUCUUGGAGCUGUGAAGAAGACUGCUAUCGCUGGAUUUCCUCGUUCAGGCAAUGACAUCACCAUUGAAGAAGUGAUUCAGCGAGAUGACUUGGAGUUGGGUGUCUUCAGCUCGUUCCUCUGGGACCUGGAGUGGUUCUUUACUAAGAUCAACACUCAAUCCUCGCGGAUUUUAUUGAUCAUGCAAGCAAAUGAUCAAGAGACACAAGAGUCGUACCGCCGAGAUGCCGCGCCGAUGAAAAACUUGCGGAUGUGUUUCCCACCCAUUGAGCCUCAGGUGUUUUGUAUGCACUCGAAGUUGACACUACUCUUCCACGCCGAGUAUCUCCGAAUUGCAGUCCCAACUGCGAACCUCACUAGGACUGACUGGGGUGAAGAUCGGCUUAUGGAGAAUACCGUGUUCCUGAUCGACCUUCCUAAAACAAAUUCACCUGACGCUGGAAAGACUCCGUUCUACGAGGAGCUAGUCUAUUUCCUCCGCGCCUCUGAUCUGCAUCGUAAUAUCAUCAAGAAGCUCGAUGAGUUCGACUUCAGCGAGACAAGACGUUAUGCAUUUGUUCACACCGUUGGCGGUGCUAAUGUCGGGGACAAAUGGCCCCGGACUGGGUUCAGUGGUUUGGGCCAGGCUAUCAAAACCCUUGGCUUGGAGACAAACUCACCUCUCAAUAUUGAUUAUGUUGCUUCAUCAAUGGGGAGUCUAAACACACAGUUCCUCCGCUCUAUCUACCUCGCUUGCAAAGGUGACAACGCUUUGCUGGACUACGAACUCCGAACUUCACGCAAAAAGGUCAAAGGCCAGUCACAUCCCGCAGAUACAUACAAUAAGGAAUGUCUGGACCGCUUCAGAGUGUACUUUCCUUCGGGUCAGACCGUACGGGAAGCACAUGCCAAUCCAGACAACACUGCGGGCACGAUUUGUUUUAACCCAAGCUGGUGGGCAAAUCCCCAAUUCCCACGGAGUGUCAUGAGAGACUGCGUCAGUGAGCGCGGAGUCCUGAUGCAUAACAAGCUCCUCUACGUCCAUCCUACCACCCCGAUCGAUAUGCCCGACAACAAAGAAUGCCAAGGAUGGGCUUAUGUGGGUAGUGCCAAUUUAUCAGAGAGUGCAUGGGGUCGACUCGUCAAGGACACAACUACGAAGCAAAUGAAGAUGAACUGCCGCAACUGGGAAUGCGGUGUCAUCGUGCCUAUCAUCAGAGAGAAGAUCACAGGCAGCGACCGACAGAAGGAGAAGAAGAAGGAAUCAGACACGGAGUGCUCGACUCAAUCUGCACCUCUCGCCGCCGAGGUUUUCGCAGAUACAAUUCCCAUCCCGAUGAGAUUGCCUGCUGUUCCGCUGUCGCAAGAGCGGAAGCCUUUCUUCUAUGGUGCUUAA